AUGACGGAGCUUGAACAAGCUUUGAAAAAGAUCGACUCUAAAUUACGCCUGUUGAAAUUUACGCGCGAUGAUGUACCCAGAAUCCAAGAAAAGAAUGAGCUAAAGGCGGCAGAGCGAUUGCAAAAAGCCUUGGAGCAACAGAUUGAUAGCGUUCACGAACAGAUGGUAGAAAUUCAAGCGCUCAAAAUAGAAAAUGGAGAUCAACCCGACGACGUGCGUAAAUGGAGCCUGGAGAUAGAAAAGCAAGUCGCAGAAUACGAACAAGUCACAGAGGAUGUGAAAAGAACGUUUAAGAGUCUGCGUGACGAGGCCUUACUAGAAGCGAAAUGGGAAGAAGAAAAAGUCGAAGAGGAGAAACGCAAACGGCGAUUUGAAGAAGAGCUAAAAUUAGAAGAAGCAAGAAUGGAGAUUAAGAGAGAAUUUGAGAAGAAACUUGAGCAGGAUAAAAGCAAAUCGGCGAAGGAAAGCGGGGCGAAAUUACCUAAAUUAACCAUCACAUAUUUCAAGGUACCCAUUUGGAUUGGCUGCAGUUCUGGAACCAGUUCGAAACCGACAUUGAUAAGGCUGCAAUUACCCAAGUGGCAAAGUUUUCUUAUCUGA